AUGCCAUCAAUACAAGAAUUAGAUGACAAUACUGUUUCAACCUAUGCAUGGGAAUCGUCCUUAUCCCAACUGCCGCUUCCAGAUGUCAGUAGAACAUUGGGACAACUCCAGGACAGCUUAACGCCAUUAUACUUUUCCGAUGGAUACUACAGAGCACCAAUGGAUCAUGAGAAACUGCAAGAGUUUAGCCAUUCUGUUAAGGAUUUUUUGAAUAGUAAACUUUGUGAUAAAUUGCAGUCGACAUUAGAAAGUUAUCGUACUUCCAGUAACUGUUAUUUAGAUAGCCUACCUUUGGAGAUCAACAACAAUUCUACGAGAGAACUGGAAAAUGACGUUUUACCAAGAAAUCCACUAUUGAUGCUGGAAGAUGAUAUUUUGCCCAAAGUUUCGCAAGUGGAUAGAUCAGCAAUUUUGGCUCAUGCGGCUCUCAGAUUCAUUUCAGCUUUGAAGCAAAGGGUUUUACCGCCAGAUAGGGAUGGUAGUAACGGAUUACCAUUAACGAUGUUGCCUUAUGAGAAUUUAUUUGGUACCACAAGAUGCCCAGUUCUUGCGCCUGGUGAAGUGGAAAGCUUUGAUCUGAAUAAACCAUUCUCAGAUUCAGAAUUAGAUUCUACUUAUUUGAUCGGAAGAGAUGAGGAAGAAGAUGUUGAAGAUAGCGAUGAAUGGCCUGUUAAUGAUACUUUUAGUCAACAUGGUAUUACAAUGAGGAAAUAUUCCGAUUCCAGGCACCUUUUGGUCAUUUCUAGAGGUCAGUACUACACGGUUGAAGUUUUGGAUGAUAAGGGAAACGUCCUUUAUGAUCCAUCGAAUUUAACGACAGUUUUCAAUUACAUUUUGGAAGAUUCUAUUAGAAACGAAGAUUCAAGUGCAUCUACAGCAUUGGGAAGUUUGACUUCUCAUUCCUUUCGCAGUUGGAAAUACGCUCGAAAGAGACUUGAAAGAAAAUUCCCUGAUGAAUUGCGUUUGAUUGAUUCUGCACUAUUUGUUCUAGUGCUUGAUCAUUCAAGUUUUAAGGACGAUGAGACUACCACUGGCGGCAGUGAACUACAAAUACUAAGAGAUUCAGACGAAAACAGUAUGGUAAAUUCCGCAAGAAACUUGAAAAGGUUAUUUUAUGGAACUUCAAUCCUCAAUGACAAUGGUCAUCAGAUGGGCUCUUGCGUUUCUCGUUGGUAUGACAAACUACAGCUAGUGGUGACAAAGGAUUCAGAAGCAGCCGUUAUUUGGGAUUGCUUUACGUGUGACGGAUCAGCUGUUCUAAGAUUUACUUCGGAGACAUACACAGAAUCUAUUCUCAGGUUGGCGCGGGAAGUAAAUCUCGGUGAUCCUCGAUUCUCAUUAUGGCCCUCCAUUAAUUCCAGUUCAACCCAAAGCACAUCCAACAAGAAAACUUUGGAACUAGAUCCUGUCAAGAUCACCCGUAAGAUUGAAUGGAAGUUUAGUGAUAUCCUUAACACUCAUAUUCAUUUGUCAGAGACUAAAUUAGCAGAUUUAAUCUCCAGGUAUGACAUGAUCCGUCUUUCGAUACCAUUCGGACGUAGAGACGCUGAUAUCUGGGGGGUUAAACCGGAUGCAAUGAUUCAAAUUGCUCUGCAAGUGGCUCACUUUGCUUUAUACGGAAAGAUAAUUUAUGGCGUAGAGCCUGUUUCUACAAGAGGCUUCAAAAAUUCAAGAUCCUGCUUCAUCGAUAUCCAAAGUGAUGAUCUACUAAAAUUAUGUCGAGAAUUCAUAGCAAAUUCAUUGGAUGACACCAGCAAACUCAAUAAGUUUCUAAUUGCAUGUAAAUUGCAUACACAAAGGGUUAGAAAUGCCAAAGUCGGUGAUGGGUUCGAGAAACAUUUCAACGCCUUAAGGUGGCUGUUCAAGUUUAACGAACACUAUGGAGUUUCCCUGGAUUCUGAAGACAGAAAAAUUGGUGAACCAAUAUUCGAGAGCCCAAUAUUGGUUCCCUUUUUAGUACCAGAGUUCUUAGCAGCAAAUUGUGGUAAUGCUGCUACUACUGCUUUUGCCAUUACGCCUGAUAACCCCAAUGGAUUUGGUGUAGGCUAUACCCUCAAAGGUGAUUGUUGUGAUUUGACUGUAACUUCCCAAUUUAGACAGGGUGGAAGGUUAAUGUUUAUGUUGAAUUGGGUUUUGUCGGAGAUCUCUAGGAUGUGGAAAGGGGUUACUGGCAGUACAGUUGGUAAAGGGACGGGCUAUAAGAUUAGUCCAACAGUCAAUAAGUUGUACGAAAUGGAUAAUGCGUUGAAACACAUUGAAAGCUCUGGUAAAGCUAUAAGAGGCUAUGGAUUUUUUGAUUUGCAUCCUCACUGGGAUAUCGUAAACGGUUCUGAGCCCAAUUCUGCAAGCAAUUCAUCUGUUCGUCUUUCAUCAUUAGAUAGCGAUAUUGGGAUACCGCCGACAUCGCCACUCAAGCAUUCAAGCGCAGCACACUCUGUUCUCGCUGAAAGAGAGAAACAUGAUACUGGUUUUCAAAUCAGAAGAUUUAAUGGAUCUGAAGAAUUGCCUCAAGAGUUAUAUGAACAGAAUAUGACUGAUGGUCCUUCGAGACCUACUUCGAGUAGGUGUAGUAAUGUUAUAAAUUCCAAGUUUGAAAUUGAUUUCGAUCGUGGUAUGGUUGGUAAGAAAGUAACUUCUGUAUUUGAUUAA